CCGGGAGAUUUCCUCCAAUGGCGUUAACGCGCGGAAGCACGUGGGUAAACAGGAAGUAGUUUCGGCAUUUGGCGCGUUGAGCGGAGAAGACGUGCAGAAAUGGCGGCUAUGAGUGACAUGGAGAAGAAACUUGCAGAGUAUAAAUGCGACACCAAUGAAGCUGUAUGUCUGAAAUUAGUGCGGUUCCCGGAGGAUAUAGAUGACGAAAGCACAACGUUUCACCCUGAGUACAGUCAUCAGCUGUAUGGAGAUGAUGAAGUGGCGUUUGGCUACAAAGGUCUUCAGAUCCAGCUGUACUACAGCGCAGGGAACCUGAGCACCCUGUUCAAAGUCAAGUACACGGCCAGGGUCACAGACACGUUUGACUGCGUGGAGCCAGAUGAUGUGGAGGGCAAGAUCAGAGCGAUCAUUCCUGCUGGUUUCUGCUGUAACACAGAUGACUUCAUCUCUCUCCUGGAGAAAGAGGCCAACUUCAAACCCUUCGGCAGCCUGCUGCACACCUACAAAGUUCACAAUGUGGAGGCAGGAGAGGAUCUCACCUUCCAGAUACACAAGGUGGAUAUCUCGUGUCCAGGGUUCAGAGAGUACAAUGAGCGCUUGCAGACCUUUCUCAUGUGGUUCAUUGAGACGGCCAGUUUCAUCGAUGUGGAUGACGAUCGCUGGGAUUUCUUCCUCGUCCAGAUGCUGGUCUUGCCACCAUUCCAGGGAGAAGGACACGGGGCUCAGCUCUUAGAGACAGUCCACCGAUACUACUGCACUUCUGCUAAAGUACAGGACAUCACAGCGGAGGACCCGACUGAAAACUAUGUGAAGCUGAGAGAUUUUGUGCUGGUGAAGCUGUGCUUGACUCUUUCGUCCUUCUCCAGUGAGAAACUCUCUCAGGGCUUCAGUGAAGAGAUGGUGUCUGAGGCCAGAGAGAAACUCAAGAUCAACAAGAAACAUGCACGCCGUGUUUAUGAAAUCCUGCGCCUCCGAAACACAGACAUGAGCGAUGAAGAGAAAGCCAGAGAAUUUCGUUUGGAGGUGAAAAAAAGACUCUAUGGACCCUACAGAAAAAACCAGCGUGAGCUGACUAAGAUGCAGAAAUGUUUGAGGCCAGAGGAGUUGGCGUCCCACAUCAGCCAGAUGGACACGAGACUGCAACACGAGGAGCUGGAGAAAAGCUACCAGGAUGUGCUGGCGGAGUAUCGCAGAGUCCUGGAGCGACUGGCUCAGGCGUGAACACACGGAGACUUCUGCUGGAAAGAUCUGGAAAAGACUGGCCCACACACACACACGCACACACACUGUUCUAUUGCAUUGUAUCCAGUGUUAAUAAGGGUUUAAACCUGACACAUCUGCAUUUGUUACUUGUGUGAUAGACAAGACGAUGGGCAGUUAUUCACGUAAUUAGAGAUGAGUGCAUUGGUCUACUGUGAAGAUGAAGAUUUUUGAGUUGAUAUUGUUAUUGGUUUUUCCAUCAAACAUUUUCCUUAAAAUGUAAAAAUGUAGAUUUUGAAGCACUUCCUAUGAAAAACAAAUAAAAUGUUUUGUAUAUUGCUCAAAUGUAUCUCUUUGGUGAUGUGUCUAAAAUAAAAAAAAAUCUUAAUUUUACUUAUCAGACUGUAACUCUGCACUGUUUGAUGUUACGGUGUUUAAAACUUACAUAAUACAUUAUGUGUUUGAAAUACACAGCUAAAAGUUUGGGGUAAGUUUUUUGGUAACACUUUAUUUUAAGGUG